CCUCACCUGCUGCAAGCGGAAAGGAAGGGAAAGGGGAAGCGCCUUGUCAGAGUGUCUGACAACCGCCUUAAUCCCUCUCUCUCCUCUGUCCCUCUCAUGGCGGAAAGAGGAAACGAGAAAAGCGAGGAUCAUCAUGAUCUCAUCUCAUCUCAUCGCAGAAGGUCUGUUCUGUUCCGGUCAUUCAUUGCUUUGGCUGACCUCUGAUUUGAAAUGACUUCACAGUUUGCUCUGCUCUGAGCUUCAGACUCUCUCUGUCCGUCGUUCCCGAAGCUCGCUCAUGUGAACCAUGGAGGCACGGCCUCUUCGAAUGGUCGCUUCUCCGGCCUGUCAGCUGUCUCUGUUUACGCGGAACAGUCAUCAGCUCGACGAUGCAAUGUCUGAUACGUCGGGACUGGAAGCAAAGGCUGGGUGGCCUGGAGGCAGGGGAUUUUGGACGGGGAUGAUUGGAGGGGUGAACACCGUCGAGGAAUCUGGGCCGUCCGUGAGCCUCCGCCUCGGGAUCGGCGCCGACGAAAGUGCACGGAGCCCCGCGAGGGGAAAGGCUGGGGAGUUCUUCACGCAUGCUCAGUUGGGUGAACUUUAUCAUCAAUUUCUCGUCUACAAGUACUUAGCCGCUCGUCUUCCUGUUCCUCCUCACCUUCUCCUCCGGAGCUGGAAGAGCGACGCUGGUGGCUUUCUGUUUCCUGGUAAUGGCGUACCGUGGAGCCAUCACCCAACCUCUGUAGGCUUCGGGCGUAAGGCGCUUGAUUACAUGAACAGGAUGAGUCCGGAACCGGAGAGGUGUAGAAGAACCGAUGGGAAAAAGUGGCGGUGCAGGAAGGAUGUAAUCCCCAAUCGCAAGUAUUGCGAGCGGCACAUAAACAGAGGCCGUCGACGUUCAAGAAAGCCUGUGGAAGUUUCGAAAUUUGCUUCUCCUUCUGAAACAAGAACGGCAUCUAAGACUACGAACCGUGAUCUUGGGCACUUAAAAGCUGAUAUCACUGUCGGUCUUCGACUCGGUACCAGCGUUUCGCCUGAGGUCACCACCGAGAACAAAAGCACACCAAAUGACAACAAUGGCUGCGGAACUUCCGUGUCUGCUGUGAACAGCAGUAGCAGCUACAGAGCUGACCUUAACAAUCAUGGAAAGUUUGCAGGCAUAAACUGCACUGAUCACCGUCCGCCGUCGCUCAAAACUGGGGUUGGCAUAAACAAUGGGAUCAAAACUAAUGAGCUCUCCGGAUUGAGGUUCUCUCCUAAGAGCGUAGUUCAAGUCACAGGUCGCACCAACCCAUUCCAACCCAAAGUUGUGGUGGAGCCUGAGCACGACAGGAAGAGGUGCAGGAGAACGGACGGCAAAAAGUGGCGGUGCUAUAGAGAUGUCCUUCCUGAUCAGAAGUACUGUUGGCAGCAUAUGCACAGAGGUUCAAAGAAGCUGCCACAAGCUCGCCCAUUAGGAGCCUCAGUUAUCGACUGCGGUCCUCUCACGAUUUCUAUGGCGGCUAACGGCUCAGAUCCUGCAAAUCUGAACACCAGUCUUUCAAUCUCAACUCCUGCUGCUAGUCAAAAGGAUGAGAAGAGUUGUAGUACUAGCAGCAGCAGCGACAGCGAUACAACUCUCAGCGAAACCACCGUUGUUGCAUGUGAGUAAGUGAUAUCUCCUCAUAUGGAUAGUAAUGCCUUGGAGCUUCUAAAACCCUUACCUUUUGAGGUCUGUCAACAACCACUUUCGAAUAUAUAGAAAUUAAAGUUAUGAUUGAUCCGGCACUGGCAGUGGCAUCUUGUUUAUAAUCAAUUACUGGUAGUGCGACUCUCACUGAACUGUUUAUAAUGUCCAAUGCAAACUGAGAUGCUAUUUCGAGGAUUCAGGUUUCCGAUAUAGAACGACGGAGCCUUCCUGUAGCAUUCUGAUUGCAGGAAUGAAGUGGUUGGGUUGGCCAGUGUAACUUUUCUGUCCUGAAUUCUCUUCUUUGGGCUCGUGAAUAUUUUGCUGCUGUUAAUUUCAGAUGUUGCAUGACUGAAUCUGAUAUGUUUUCGAUCUA